AUGGUUUCAAACAAUGUUGUUCCGAUGAAGUUAGAAAGUUCUGACAGAAGAUAUGUAGUUGUCAGAACGUCAGAUUCUCAUAUGCAAGAUACAGAAUAUUUUGACGCUUUGUCAGAAACUUUGACAUCUGACUUUUACAACCACUUGUUCUCAUAUUUCAUGACAUUAGAUAUUUCAAAGUUCAAUCCAAGACAAAUUCCACAUACCGAAGAAAGACAAACAUUGUUAGAAGCAAACAAGAGUGUUUAUGAACUGUUUAUAGAUGAGACUAACUUUGAGUGUUUAGAUGAAAGGUCAUUGUACGAUGAAUAUAAACAAUAUUGCCAAGAGUAUGGUUAUAUGACAGCGUCUAAACGAACAUUCUUGGCAAAUGUCAAAAAUCUUUUAGAUGUUCAGAACGGCGUAUAUACAAAGAAAAUUUUUCUGAGUAA